AUGGAGAAGACAUCUGAUACAAUAAUUAAAGAGUUAUUCAACUCUUUGGACCAGAAAAUACCUUGUGUUCCUGAUACAGAAGUUACGUCCACAUACUCGGUGCCAGAAUCCAAUAAGAAACAUAAGCGACACGAUAAAUCAAAAAAAAAACAUAAAAAACAUAAGAAAAAAUCCAAGAAAUCCAAAAAAAAAAAACGACAUUCAAGAUCUUCUUCACCUGAUGAUUACAUUGAACUGAAACUUAAAAAAGAUAAAUUAGAAGAAGCCAAAUCUGGUAUGUCAGUAUCAUUAGACGUGAUCAUGGAAACAAUUGUGAGUACAGCUAAUGAAAAAAGUGAGGAGGUCAAAGACAUUAAAUACAAUGAAAAUGGGAUUGAUCAUCUAGAUACAACUUUAAUAGAUAAAAAUAAAGUACCGACACCGGAAAAUGAUUCAUAUCAAACAAAAAAUAAUACUACAAGAUUAAAUAAUGGAAAAAUCAUCAUUAAAGAUUUAAAAGAGAGUCGUUUAUACCAUGAAUUAGUUAAUAAAGUCCAAGAAAAAGAACGAUUCAAAACUAAAAAGUAUAAAAUUAAUGAACAUAGUAAUUUAUCUCAUGACUUAGAUAAAAAAAAAAAAAAUAAACAUAAAUCAAAAAAAAAGAAAAGAUCAAGAAGUAGAAACAGAUCAAGUACUCCAAAACGACUUAAGAAGUAUAACCGAUCUCGUUCAAAUAGCAAGAAUAAGUAUUCGAGACACGAUGACUCUAAAAGUCAUCAAACUAAUUCAAGGAACCAAAGUGACUCUAACGUUAAAUGUAAAAAUAACGAUAAUGAUAUAAAAUCAAAAGAAAAAAGCAAUCACCAUAAAAGAUCUAUAACACCAGAUAAAUAUUCAAAAUCAAUUAGACGUUCAAGAUCAAGAGAUAGUAAAAAAUCAAAGAGAUCAGAAGAUUAUAAUAGAACAAGAAAACAGUCAAGGUCUAGAGAAACAUCUAGGACUAGACAUAGAUCUCCUUCUUGUGAAAAGAUUGAUAAAAAAAAAUUAUUUAAAAUCGCUCGUAAAAAUGCCUUGUCUCUAGUACAACAAGGCGUAUUACCAGUGGGAAGUGUAAAAAAAGAUAUUUUAGCCAAUGUACCCACUAAAACUGUAGAUGAACUAACAGAUUUUUGUCGUAAACUUUCAAAAAAGGAUAAGGAUCAUGAUGAUGAUACUUCUUAUUCUUCUGACGAUGAUGAAUUCAAACAACCUUUUCAUCAUCCAUUUUUGGUCAAGGAAAGACCUAAUAUAGUCAUGAAUAUUAGAAAUGCGACCCAAUUACCUAUUAAAUCCUUUCAAGAAAAAACUAUUGGACAAGAUAUAUUAAGGCAACAGUUUCCUGUAUCCAGUGGUCAAACUCAUAGUUUGGCUCUUACUGAAUGGGUACCAAUUGGUCCUGAGGAAUCUGCAAAAUUAAAUAAAAUACUUAGACCUGAUGAAGGAAACAAACUUUCUAACAAAUCACAUCAUAUUCCACAGGCUCCAAAAGUUGUUCCUGUGGAAAAUAUUGUUCAACCUGUUUCAAGUCCAACCAAUGCUAUAGUGCCUAUGGAUUAUCAGUAUGUUGCUCCUGCUGUUGAAACUCCAGCAUUAACGCCUUAUGCACAUGACAAUUAUUCAUUGUUAUCAUUCGAAACUGGACAGUUUACUGGUCAUACUGGUGCUAAAGUUCUAACUCCUGCAGAACUUUCUGCUGGAUUUCAAACUUGGGUGAAAAAGGAUCAGCUAAAAAAUUCUGCUCCUGUAAACAGUGGUAUUGGGAUUCAUUUGUUACAAAAAAUGGGAUGGAAACCAGGUGAAGGUCUUGGAAAGAAUCAAUCUGGAUCUUUAGAACCACUUUUAUUAGAUGUCAAAAUGGAUAAAAGAGGACUGGUGGCAGAAGAAGAACUCCAAGGAAAUCGUACAAAGAAGUUUUCAAAAAAAGCAACAUUACCCAUGUUGUCACUAGAUGGAAAACAUCCAGUUUCAUUAUUAAAUGAAUUUUGUGCAAAACGUAAAUGGGACGUACCCAAGUUUAAUACUCUUGAUGAAUCUGGUCCUAGUCAUAGAAAAACAUUUAUUAUGACUGUAGUUGUCAAUGGAGUGCAGUAUUGUUCAUCGAGGUGUCAAACAAAAAAAUUGGCUAAAAUGGAAGCUGCCAAAGAGUGUUUAAAAGAAAUUGGAUUAUUAAAUUGAAUUAAUAUGUUUUUAUAAAAUAAAUGAUUUUUUUAAAUGUUGAAAUAAUAAAGUACUGUCUAUUAUGAUCAUGCUAUAUAUUAUAUAAGACCUAUUUUUAUAAGUUAUGUAUUUAAACAUUAUACAUUUUUUUUUUAAAAAUGUUACAAGAAAUCUAUUUUUUUUAUGAAAUAAUUUUAAAACUCUUAAAAACUUGUUAAAUAAUAUAAUACAAAUGGUAUAUAAGUUGUUUUAAAAAAUCUUUAAAUGACUAAUGAUAAUUUAGAAGGAUAUAAUACAUUUCAUUAACUAUAAGAAAAAAUUACAAAUAUAAUAGUGAAGUUGUAGAAAACUUGUUAUAUA